CUCUGACCGCUUCAUCUCAGAGUCACAGGCUCACAGCCCAUCUCGUUGAGAAAGCAAAUCAAGCAAGCAUGAUCAGCUCCAAGAAGCUAGCUCAACUUUCCAAGAAGUGGCAGGGAGUUGGUGCCAUCGGGCGAAGAAGGAUAACAAUACUGGACAAGGAGAUCCAUCCAUCAUGCGGCACAGUUGCAGGCAAGGGCCACUGUGUUGUGUACUCUUUCGAUGGCAAGCGGUUCGAGAUUCCCUUGGCGUGCCUCCGCACGACAGUCUUCGAGGAACUCCUCAGGAUGUCUCGGGAAGAGUUUGGGUUUACAUGUGACGGAGGGAUCACACUGCCCUGUGAUGCAGCAACGAUGGAGUAUGUGAUGUGUUUGCUAAGGAAAGAAGCCUCAGAAGAUGUUGAGAGGGCACUCCUCAGUUCUAUAGUGAUAACUUGCCACCACCCGAGCAGAAUGAUGCAACCACACGGCGGACUUAACCAGCAACUUGCCGUGUGCAGUUCCUAGAGUGAAGAUCUGCAGCUUUUUUUUUUUCAUUUUUACCUCCAUCGUUUUUUCCCGGAUGUACUUUUGGAGCACAGUUCUGUGCGGCGUUUUUCCAAUUGUCCCGUGGAUGCACAGAUGGAUGCAUGCAUGAAUUAUCAAAUUAUGAUUAGAAAAGAAGGAAUCAAGUUUACUCCAUUGAAA